AUGGUAUCGGCCCUCAUUCGGGACGCCCCGAUUGGGCAGAUCCUCAGAUACCUUACCAACAACCGCCUACUCCAGUAUCCGGAGGAACGCCCAGACUUUGUCAUACCCACAGCCUACACCCAGCACACACGCCCCUUGCCAAAGCGUCUAAGCUCAGAAUUCUCUCAUGACCCACAGAUUGAGAAAGAGGGCCCUGCAACUGAAGAAGUGUGUAACGAACCCCCCGUAGAAGCAUCAGCGGAAAGGCGAGAGUCAGAGAGCGAAGAUGAAUCCGCCACCGACUUGGAAAAGGUGCAAACCGCACGAACACAACACACUGCACGAACACAGAUUUCCCGUGUAGGAACACGAACAGCCCUGCACAAGUCAACUACGCAAGCCGAUCUCGAACAGCAAUUCUCAUUGGCAACCGUAGAGCGCGGGCCCAGCCGUCCAAUCGAGCCCGAGAAACUCGAUGAUGGUACCAUACUGGUAGACUGGUACGACACUGACGACGAGUCCAACCCGCAAAACUGGUCGUUUGGCAAGAAGGCCGUCGUCCUCAGCCUGAUUCUCAUGUACACCAUGGGCGUGUACAUGGGCAGUGCAAUCUACAGCCCCAGUAUACCCGGUGUCAUGGCACGAUUCGGCGUUCAAAUCGGAGCCGCCUCCCUUGGCCUGUCAAUGUAUGUGUUGGCAUAUGGUAUCGGACCACUCCUGUUCUCGCCAUUGAGUGAGAUCCCAGUCAUCGGUCGAAACCCACCAUACAUCAUCUCCUAUGCCAUCUUCGUCAUUCUCCUCGUCCCAACCGCACUGGUUGACAACUUCGCCGGACUCAUCGUUCUCCGCUUCCUCCAAGGCUUCUUCGGAAGUCCCUGUCUUGCUACUGGCGGAGCCACCCUCCAAGACAUCUACAGCCUGAUCAAGCUCCCCUAUGUGCUCUCUCUCUGGGCCUUCGCCGCAACCUGCGGCCCAGCCCUCGGCCCCAUCAUCAGCGGAUUCAGUGUCGCAGCCGAGAACUGGCGCUGGUCCCUCUGGGAGAUGCUCUGGAUGAACGGACCCAUCUUCCUAGCUCUCUUCUUCUUCCUCCCAGAGACCUCCUCGGCAACCAUUCUCCUCCGCCGCGCCCAGCGCCUCCGCCUCCUGACCGGCAACGACAAGCUAAAAAGCCAAUCCGAAAUCGACCAGGCAAACCUCACACCCCGCGCCAUUGCCACCGAAGCUCUCUGGCGCCCCUUUGAACUCAUGCUGCUAGACCCUAGCAUCGCCUUCACCGCCGUCUACACUGCCAUUGUAUACGGAAUCUUCUACUCCUUCUUCGAAGCCUUCCCCCUCGUCUACAACGAAAUGUACCACUUCAACCUCGGCGAGCUGGGCCUGACCUUCCUGUCCGUCACCGUCGGCGUCAUCAUCAGUAUAACAUGGUACUGGUGGUACAUCUACUACCGCGUCGAGCCCAGCAUCCGGCUCCACGGUCUCGGUAGCCCAGAGCGCCGCCUCAUCCCCGCCCUGUUCGUUACCUUUCUCGUACCGAUUGGUCUCUUCAUCUUCGGAUGGACGAGUAACCCGGAUAUCCACUGGAUCGUGUCGUGUAUCGGUAUCGUCAUCACGACCAUCGGUAUCUUCCUGAUUAUCCAGUGUAUCUUCCUCUACUUGCCGCUUGUGUACCCUCAGUACGCGGCUAGUCUAUUUGCUGGCAACGAUUUCCUCAGAAGUGCCCUGGCAACCGCCGCCAUUCAUUUCUCCUACCCGCUUUUCCACAAUUUGGGCGUCGACCGCGGUGUGUCGUUGCUUGCGGGCUUGUCCGCAGGAUGUAGUGUUGGUGUCUAUGUGUUGUAUUUCUUUGGAGCUAAGUUGAGGGCUAAGAGUAGGUUUGCUGCAAAGUAA